UCUUUUGCGUAAAAGACGAAAACGAAAUUCAGUAAACCAUCUUCGUACGCACUACGCAGCAUAGCUGUUAUCUUCUUCCCCUUCCCCUCUCGUGGCAAACGCGCCGCAAAUGACAGAACGAGCAACUCCAAGGAUCCAUCGACACAGAUAAAAGAGUAUUCCCUCGCUCCCUCCACAGUUCUAGGGUUCACUUUUGAACACACGUUGCCAAACCCCGGUUCAUCCAAAUCCAAAGUCAUAAGAACAAGAAGAUGGGUGUGGGCAUAUCAUUUCUGAUAGCACUAAAAGCAACAAUCCUCUUCUUAUGCUUCGCGUACCUUAAAAACCUCGGUUUCACUCUCUUCUCCCUCCCCUUCCUCUACUCUUCGCUGAUCUCAUUCUUAGUCUCAAUCGCAUCUCACCCUUCCAUCAACCUUCCAAUACUUCUCGGCAAAACCACCGACGGAAGCUUCCCCCUGUUCUCACUCAUAAUCUUCAGCCCUUACAUCUACUUCGUCAGAAUCUUCUCUCUGCUCCGAAGACUCCGAAGCGGAGAACCUGCUUACACCGAAGUCCACGAGGGUCUCUAUGUCGGUGGCUGGCCAUCGUCGCCUCAGAAGCUGCCACCUGGCGAUCCCGCCAUCGUUGAUUGCACGUGCGAGUUCCCGCGUGUGAAGGAUUUCACUACGGGGUUGCCUUACCGGUGCUUUCCGACGUGGGACACGAGGUCGCCUCAACCCGCUGAUAUCGAAUCCGCUGUUAAGUGGGCAUCUCGACAGAGAGAACUAAACAGGCCCAUUUUCGUUCACUGUGCUUAUGGUCAUGGAAGAAGUGUUGCUGUUAUGUGUGCACUGUUAGUAGCACUAGGCAUCACAGAGGAUUGGAAGAAUGCUGAGAAGCUGAUCAGGCAAAAACGACCUUACAUCCGGAUGAAUGCUCUCCAUCGCAAGGCACUUGAAGAAUGGUCCAGACACCGAUUGUCUGCACCAAAGAAGUAGAGACAUGAGCGUGGGUUCCUUGAGUUAAUCUGAUUCUUUUAGUCAUUCACAGUAUGAUUGUUUUCCAAACAGUGGCAAAUGCAGAAAAACUAAAACAUAGAUUCUCCUCGUGUCUUUACUUUAUUAGCAUCCUCGUUUUCCUUGAAUCCAAAAUUUAAUAUGUGCUUCCCAAUUGUUCCGUAGUCAGCUUCUUCUGCUUUGAUCAAGUUGAAGCUGAUGAGUGGAAUAGUGGGAUUACAUACUAUGAGAAGCUGUAACAUCUAUUCACAUAAUUUCAUUGUGUAUGGCCAUGAACGAUGAUUCCAAGGGUAGUUUGUUGGUAAAUACAAGUCAUGCCUUAUGUCAAUGGUUUUUAUGCCUAGAACAUAAUGAGGCAUAAGUUA